UUAGAGAUUAGAUAAUUAUGACUUUAAUUUUCCUGCUAAUUUUUUCACUGCAUAUAUAAAAAGACACGUGUAAUUUUUCAUUAGUUGAAUGAAUACAAGAAGAUUUCCCUUCCUUCUUUACACAGUUGGUAAUGAGACUAAGUUACUAACACAACUUGGAAACUGUAACGUCUUUGAAAUCCUGAGAUCUUAGCUGCAGAAAUUUGAAAAUCGGGUUUACUUUCAGGCCACAGGCUCACAAUUAUGACGAAUUAUGACAGGGUUGGGCUUAUACUACAUGUUUUUCCUUAGUUUGCCAAUCAAGCCAUAUGGUGUUGUGUAGUGCCAACUAUACUCUUGGAGAAACACAUAUUUUCAGCGUACUAACGGCUUCAGCCUGUUCAAUUUUAUUAAAGCAUGAGAAUAGGAGAGCCUACAAACUGUUCUGUGAAAUGCCUCAAAGGGCGAAAUAUAUUGAAUAAUAGCAGUUACCUCACACACCUCUGCCUUUGGCAUUUACAUGUAUAUACACACAGAAUCAUAACAAACUUUCCUUCUAGACUAGUGACACGUGUAUUGAUGUAGUACAUUUCUGUUACAAGAAUAUUCCAUUCUUCUUCUCUGAUGCAUGCAUUUGCUGAGUGCUCCUGAGGCUUUUGCCGUGUGCCAUGUCCUUCAUUGCAGAAUAUUUGGCGCCUCUGCUCUGGUGUGUUUGCUGAGUGCUUCUGAAGCUUUUGCCGUUGGCUUGGUAAACUGGUUAUUUGUAUAUGAGAGUAACAGAUAUGGAAGCGGGUGAGAUUGAUGGUUCACUGGUAGCCAAAGAGCCCCAAAAUGGACAGCACGGUAGAUUCUCUGAACAAUGCAUAUCAGGAAUUUGUGGUUGCAGCAGCUAAUGUGCUUGAAGCCGAGGAGAUUUAUGGUGCCCAGAAAACAGCAGCCACAGAUGCUGCUCUAGAAAAUUUUAAGCAGAGGUGGGAUUUGUUCAGAGUUGCUUGUGACCAAGCGGACGAGUUCAUGGAGUCUGUGAAGCAAAGGAUUGGAUCAGAGUGCCUUGUGGAUGAAGCAACUAGCUCACUGGCUGGGAAGCCAGGGCAGUCUGCCAGUACUGGUCUCCCACGCAUUAGUGCAGUACAGUUGGAACAGAUGAGUAAGGUUGUUCGAUGGCUUGUGAUUGAACUACAACAUGGUUCUAGAACUGGUGCUUCCCAUUCCCACCCUUCAGCUCCUUUUGAUGCUAGGUUCUCUGAAGAUGCAGCUCAAUAGAGUGCUGGAGAUCUAAAAUAUCAAAGCACGUGGGGGAAAGGAUCACCUAGUGAUUUUCUUUCUGGGUGAUAUGUGAUACCAAGGCUGAGAAUACAAGGAUGCAGGUCUAUUAAUAAUUACAGUACUUGCCAACAAUUUUAUUAGAGAGCUGCAAACUGUGGGCAAGAUAAAUAGAAGUCUUCACGAGGAAAUGACAAGUUCGCGCAUGCUUUGGAUUCUUUCUUUUCCUUGUACUUCUCAACCUGCCUUAUGCUUUGCUGUAUAACAUUACAUUUACAUCUCCAAUUUGAGGUCAUGCUAGAGUAAAUAAUGUCUUAUUGGUUCUUGGAAUUAUGUGAAUAUAUAAGCAGUAAUAAUAAGUUUGUCUAUUGAAUUUC